GGCGAGCGCAUCCGAGGUGCCCGGGCAGAGGUCGCCCGCGCUGUCAGCGAUAGCUGAGGGAAGCGCCUGAGCAGGGGUAGCAUCUCCCGACGCUUGCGAAGAGAACGGCGGCUCUCCUCGUGCAUGGCUUGUCCCAGGAAUGCUGGUUGCUGGCCAGCCCUGGUGCGCAGCCGAAGGACGGGGAUGUCUCACUUUACAAGUGAAGAUGAAGCUCUAUUACAAUCUAUGCUUAGACAGUUGCUGCUGAGUGUGAAGGAAAAAAUCACUGGAGCCCCAUCAGUAGAAUGUGCAGAAGAAAUUCUCCUGCAUUUGGAGGAAACGGAUGAGAAUUUUCACAACUAUGAGUUUGUGAAAUAUCUCAGACAAUACAUAAAAAAUACAGUGGGACCUGUGAUUGAAGAAGAAACAGAAAAAUGUACCUCUGCUGAAAAUCAGAGUGAAAUGUCUGGCUAUGACACUCUUGUCCAACAUCUUACUAAGAAAGCCCGUGAAUCAAAAGAAUACAGAGAAAUGAUAUAUGCCUUGAAGAAUGUCAUGAUGGCUGUGGUGGAAUCUUUGAUUAACAAGUUUGAAGAAGAUCGGAUGCAUGAUAAGGAGCUGGCUAGUAAAGCAAAGGAAGAACAUCAGAGUGGCUGUUACACAGACAACUGUUCUGACAGUGACUCCUCCUUCAACCAAAGUUAUGCAUUCAUGAGUCAAGAACAAUUGCAGCUGCUCACAGAAAGGCUUGACCCUAGUCAGCCCAAGGAAGUUCGCCAAGAAGCUUUGCAGACGCUGUGCUUGGCCCCAGCCUCUGAUAUCCUGAGCUCUGAGAGUUGGCCUAAUCUGCGUAAGCAUCUGACGAUCUCCCUUGCAGAUCCUGAUGCAACAUUCAGUGAGAAAAUUCUCAGGUUCUAUGCAAAAACCUUUUCUUCUUCUCCAUUUAAUAUGACAAAAGAAGUCUAUACAAGUUUAGCAAGACACUUGGAAUUGUACUUUCUUUCUGGAGAAUAUUCUCUUCAUAUUUCAGCUGGUCUGGAUGUAUCUAACUCAGAUGUAAAUCGUUUACUUAAAAAGGUUCGCCUUUUAAAUGAGUACCAGAAGGAAGCACCAUCUUCCUGGAUUCGACAUCCAGAAAAGUACAUGGAAGAAGUAGUGGAGAGUACCUUGUCACUUCUGUCAUUAAAACACAAGCCUAAUCAUCCUGCCUCUCCAGAUUUCUUGAGUCCAAUGCACUUCUUGGCUCUGCUAGAUAUCAAAGCAGUGUGGUUUAAGAAAUGGACGCAUGCAUAUUACAGCAGAAGAGUAGUAUUUAGGCUUCUAGAGAAGAAAUAUAAAUCUUUGAUUAAUGCAGCGGUCCAGCAAUGUCUUGAUUAUUUUGAAUUUUGCAAGGCAGCAGUUAAUAAAAAUUCUGAAGUCAGUGACUUCUCCCAGCAGCUCUGUAGUGAUAUGCAGAAUUUUUCUUACACUGGACCAGAGUUGCAGUACAUCUAUUUUGUUCAUUCACUGUGCCUCUUAGGAAGAUUGUUGAUCUAUAAGCAAGGCCAGAAUCUCUUUCCAGUACAAUUGAAAAAUAAAAAAGAUAGCGUAUCGAUAACUGAUGUGUUGGUAUUAUUUGUUCAACUUAUUUAUUACUCUCCAAGUCACCCAAACACAGCUUUGGAAGCAAAUACAGACAAUUAUUCUCCAGAAAGUCUUGUUAUGGAGAUUCUGCAAGUUUUUUGUGAUCAAACAGGAUGUGCCGCUGAGUGUUUGUAUACAGACACAGUGAUUGAUGCCCUGCUUCAUCCUGUUCAAAGUUUGCUAAGUGGCACAGAGAUGUAUAUAAACUGUAUUGAAACCACUUUGCUUGAUGUAGCCGAUAUUUUGGCAAGGAUUGCUGGUUCAGAAGAUGGUCUUUCUCUUCUUCUUUAUGGAGAAAAUGAAAAAAAUGCCAAAGACAGUCCUACAGCUGCUCAUGUACUUGUUCAGUUUACAAAGAAACUUCUUCAUGAUGACAUUCCUCUUUUAUCUGGAUCUGAGUUUAUGUCAGUUGUUAAAGGAACUUUCAUUUUUGUAUGCCGUCAAAUAUACAGAACUUGUGAAGGUCUACAGAUGCUAAUUCCUUAUGGCUUGCAUGAAUCUAUUGCAGAGGCCUGGAGAAAGGCAAGUUUGCUUUCAGAAAGAGUGCCUACUCCUGUAACUGAUGCAGACUCCACUUCAUCAAUAAGUCAAGAAUCAAAAAACAGUUUGUUAUGGGAAGAAACUUUGUUAGAUGCGUUGUUAAGUUUUUCUACCACACCCAAAGGACUAUUUCUGCUUCAUAGUACAGGCGCCAUGAAUGACUGUGUGAAUUUUAUGUUUAACAGUUUAUCAAAAAAAAUCCAGACAAAUGAAUAUGAAGACUUUGGUAAUAGAGUCAUUGUUACUCAAAUGGCAACAACACCAAUGGCUGCAGUAGCUCUGCAGAAUUCAGGCUUUAUAAAGGCACUUGUAACUGAAUUAUGGGCUCUUUUGGAGUGUGGAAAAGAUGAUUUGAGAAUAACUCAACCAAGAUCUACUCCAGUUGAUCCUAUUGACCAAAGUUGUCAGAAGUCUUUUUUGUUUCUGGUAAAUGUGCUCACUUAUCCAGCAGUUUUUGAACUCCUGAGUAAACGAGAUAUAGCAAAUAAACCUAUGUACUCAUUCCGUGAAAUACCCACAGAUAUAAUUGAUAUCAUUGACAGGCUUAUAAUUUUGAACUCGGAAGCUAAAAUUCAUUCCUUAUUCAAUUAUGAACAAUCCCAUAUAUUUGGUCUGAGGCUGUUAAAUGUGCUGUGCUGUGAGCUCAAUACCCUUUUACUCUUGGAGACUCAGUAUAAGGUGUCUCAAGUUUUACUAACUGCUCAGGAGGAAAAUGUCACAGAAACUUCAGAAGGACCAGGAGUUUUUAUAAUUGAUGGUCUGUCAGUGGAGAGAAACCAUGUUCUUGUAAGGAUAAAUCUGAUCGGAGGACCACAGGAAAGGAUUUUGCCUUUGAGAGAAUUAGAUAAGGGCAGUGGUCUAUAUCCUUGGCCAAUGUUUUCAUCAUUGCCUGUGCCAAAGUGCUAUCUUGCAGAAAUACCUAGGAAAGAUGAAUUCAGACAAGAUAAAGAUCUUGACAAGCUCUUAAAAGUCUUGAAAAGUCCAGACAAGCCAACUGAGUGGGCAGAAAUUUGUAGAAAGCAGUUCUGCAAAGUCAUGAAAACCAAACCAGAUAGCAUCAGUGGACCAAUUUUGGCAAAAUUAAUUGAAAAGUUCGUGUCACAUCUUUCUGAAAGCAGAACAGAUUGUUAUUUCAGCAUGGGAAGCUAUAAAGCCAUGGAUGCAGAUGUGAAGAAAGAAAAUCUUUCAUCUGUGCAGCAGCUUGGUGUUGAAAUGACAGUCAGAUAUGGAAAAUACUUAAACUUGCUAAAAGAAGAUGCUGAAAGUGGGCUGUGUUUUGUGUUAAUGAAUUGUGAGGAGUUUCUGAAACAACAGCGAAGAACUGUGGUAUCUUCACUUCGCUGCUUGCAGGAGCACUCUGCAGGUUAUGACUGGUUUGCAUCUUCUAUUUUCCUCAUAAUGUCAGGGGACAGGGAGAAGACACUGACGUUUCUUCAGCAAUUUUCACAACUUCUUGUUUCAGCAUUUCUCUGGCCACCAAGACUGCAUUUAUCCAUGCACCUGCCUGUUACAACAGUGGAAUAUGGCAUCCACCCAGUCUAUUUUUGCAUUGCCCACCACGUUGAAAUGUUGCUGAAAGCUGAGUUGCCUCUUGUCUGUUCAGCCUUCCACAUGUCUGGUUUCACUCCAUCCCAGAUCUGUCUGCAAUGGAUAACUCAGUGUUUCUGGAAUUACAUGGACUGGAGUGAGAUCUGUCACUACAUUGCCAUAUGUAUUUUCCUUGGUCCUGAUUAUCAAAUAUAUAUGUGUAUUUCUGUGUUCAGACAUCUACAGCAAGACAUCCUGAAGCACACAGAGGCCCGAGAUCUUCAGGUUUUUCUGAAAGAUCCUGUGUUCUGUGGUGCAUCUUCCUUAUCCUUCCAAUACAGUAGCCAUGAGGAGGAACAUUACCUGUUUGUUUCCUGAGGACACUUUAUUCUACUGUGUUUUGGAUUUAGAGGAAGCAGUGCAUGGAUUUCGAGUGAGUAAUUAUUUAGACUACAUGGAAAGCUUGGAGGAGCUCUACAGACCAAUGCUGCUGAAAG